AUGUUUAGCGUCAAGAUCUGCGGCGUAACAACGCCCGAAGACGCGCUGUUCGCCGUGGACGAAGCCGGCGCGGAUGCCGUCGGUCUCAACUUCUAUGCGAAGAGUCCACGCUGCGUCUCGAUCGACGAGGCGCAGGCGAUCUCCGUGGCCGUUGGCGAUCGAGCACUCCGCGUCGGCGUCUUCGUCAAUGCGUCGGCCGAAGAGAUCUCUGCCGUCGUCGCGGCGGCGCCGCUCGAUGCGGUGCAACUGCACGGGGACGAGCCAGCAGAGCUGCUGGCAGAGCUGCCGCCCGGCGCCACGGUCAUCCGUGCCGCUCGAAUCGGAGCUGCGGGACUAGCGCCAGUCGCUGAGCACCUCGACGCCGCCAAGCGGCUUGGCAGGCCAUUCGCGGCGGUGCUCGUCGACGCAGCCGGCUCCCCCGGCGAGUACGGCGGGACCGGCAGGACGGCAGACUGGGAGCGGGUCGCGGCGGAGCGGGCGCUGGUCGCCGGGACCCCGCUCAUCCUCGCGGGCGGCCUCAGGCCGGAGAACGUCGCGGAGGCGGUUCGUGCGACCGGCGCCGACGGCGUCGACACGGCCUCCGGCGUCGAGGCGACCCCCCGGAGGAAGGACCCGGCAUUGGUCCGCCCGUUCGUCGAGCAGGUUCUCGAUUGCACGCCCGAGGAGUUCGAGCGUCUGGCGGAGUUCGGCCGCAAAGAGAUCACGCUGGCCGAGAACGAGAUGCCGGGCCUGAUGGCUCUGCGUGAGAAGCACGGCAAGGACAAGCCGCUGAAGGGCGCCCGGAUCGCCGGCUGCCUGCACAUGACGAUCCAGACGGCCGUCUUGAUCGAGACGCUCGCCGAGCUGGGCGCCGAGGUCACCUGGUCGAGCUGCAACAUCUUCAGCACCCAGGACCACGCCGCCUGUGCGAUCGCCAAAGCGGGCAUCCCGGUCUUCGCCUGGAAGGGCGAGACCGACGAGGAGUUCGACUGGUGCAUCGAGCAGACGCUCACGGCGUUCCCGUCGGGCGAGCCGCUCAACAUGAUCCUCGACGACGGCGGUGACCUGACCGCCAUGGUUCACGACAAGUUCCCCGAGCUGCUGGGCAACAUCAAAGGCCUCUCGGAAGAGACGACCGCGGGGAUUCACCGCCUCGAGGUCCUCAACAAGGAAGGCCGCCUCGGCGUCCCCGCGAUCAACGUCAACGACUCGGCCACGAAGAGCAAGUUCGACAACUUGUACGGCUGCCGCGAGUCGCUCGCCGACGGCGUCAAGCGCGCCACCGACAUCAUGCUCGCCGGCAAGGUCGCGGUCGUCUGCGGCUACGGCGACGUCGGCAAGGGUUGCGCCCACUCGCUGCAACGCUACGGCUGCCGCGUGAUCGUCACCGAGAUCGACCCGAUCAACGCCCUCCAGGCCGCGAUGGAGGGCUUCGAGGUCGUGACGAUGGAGGACGCCUGCAAGGAAGGCAACCUCUUCGUCACCACGACGGGCAACAAGGACAUCAUCCUCGGCGAGCACAUGGUGCACAUGGCUGAGGACGCGAUCCUCUGCAACAUCGGGCACUUCGACACGGAGAUCGACAUCGCCUGGCUCGAGGAGCAGGUCGCCGCCGGCAAAGCGACCAAGAGCGAGAUCAAGGGCGAGAAGGAAGGCGCCGUCGAUCGCUACACGUUCAAGGAGAGCGGCCGCUCGAUCUUGGUGCUCGCGAAGGGACGCCUUGUGAACCUGGGCUGCGCGACGGGCCACCCAAGCUUCGUCAUGAGCACCUCGUUCACCAACCAGACGCUCGCGCAAAUCGAGCUCUGGAACAACGACGGCGAGUACGAGACCAAGGUCUAUCUCAUGCCGAAGAAGCUCGACGAGGAGGUGGCCCGCCUUCACCUGGAGAAGCUCGGCGUGAAGCUCACGAAGCUCACCCAGGAGCAGGCCGACUACAUCGGGGUCCCGGUCGAAGGCCCGUACAAGCCGGAACACUACCGACAAAGCAUGAUCCGGCUUUCCGCGCUUGUUGCCAUCGUCUCCGUGAGCACGCUCGUCGCUGGCGACGAGCUUAAGCUUCCGACGCCCGACGCGUCACAUGCGAGCUGGGAAGCGACUGGCGAGUUGGCCGAGCUGCUCGAGAAGAUGACCGCCUCGUGCGAGGCGUCACAGGAGGCCUUCCGCCCGCUCACCGCCACGCAGAUGAACUGGCGCCCGCCGAACGGAACCCACACUCCGCGCUGGAACGCGGAGCAUCUGGCCGGUCGGCAGCUCUUGUUCUUCUCGCAGAUCUACGCGGCGAUCGACCCGGAGACGCACCGCGUCGUCGACAUCAACCCGGCCCAGAUGCCGCCCGACUACGAGGCGGCCCACCCGGAGUGGUCGGGCGCUGACGAGGCCAAACAGAUGCGCCGGGUGAACGACUACGUCGUCGGCUUCGCCUACCUGCUCGAGGACCUCGACCUCGACGAGCAAGCGCCCGGCAGCCGUUGGAAGCUCCGCGGCUUGCUCAACCAGAUGGACCGCCAUUACGGCGAGCACACGGCGAACGUCGUGAAGAAGUUCGAGCUGCCCGCAACGGCCGAGCUGAACGUCAACGAGAAGAGCAGCGGCACGGCCAAGUCGCCGGCGAGGCGAACGACCGCUAAGACGGUAGCCUCCCGCCUGGGCCGCGGCGAUCGCGCCGGCUCCGCCGAACGCCUGCCCGAGCAGCAGCCCGAGGGCGCCGGCUGUCGCAGCAGCCGACGACAAGCCUGCCGUUACCUGCACCAGCCCGAAGACCGAGCCAAAGAUCCCGACCGCCGAACCCGCGACCCAGCCGGUCGUGUCGCGGGCGAUCGGCUCGGCGAUCAUCCGCUGUGCGAGCGCGAGGCAAGGGAGCAGCACCAGGCUCAGCAAGCCAUUCGUAAGGAAACUGCCGACCCAGCCAAGCGGAAUCGCCACCAACAGAAUCAACGAGAACCAUCCGAGCGACGCUACCACGGGCAGGACCACCAGGCUGAACAGCACCGAGGCGUGGGCGCUCACCAAGGCGAUCUUCCACCCCAACAGACGCCAGGAGGCCAGGCCGCUGACGCCCAAGCCGUAGUGCGAGGGCCCGCUUCCGCUCAGUCGAAACGAGGCGUGCCGGCGCUGCGACGGCGAGUUCGGACUUGGCAUCGGGCGUGUGGAACGUCGCGUGGUGGUUUCACGUGCAACGACUUUGGCGAUCGCCAGCAUAGGGGGUUUCACGUGAAACAGCGAAGCGGCGGCAAGCCGGCCGGUUGUUUCACGUGGAACGCCGACGCGUCCGGCGCCAGCAGCCCCCCUCGAGUGGCGUUUCGCCGGCGGGCUGAGGCUCCUAUCCUUCGCGGCGUCGGCAAGACGACGACCGCCGUGAAUGUGGCGGCCGCCUGCGCGCUGGCCGGCCAGCGGACGCUGCUCGUGGACCUCGACCCGCAGUGCAACGCCACCGGGGCGAUCGGCGGUGAGCCAACCGACCGCCACCCGCUGGUGCAGCGGACCCCGCUCCGCGAGACGGUCGCCCCAACGGCGAUCGAGAACCUCGAGCUGCUCCCCGGCAGCCGCAGCUUCCACGACGUCGACCACCUGGCCAACGCCGAAGGCGCCGAGUCGCGGCUGGUCGCGGAACACCUGGGGGCCAGCCUGAGCGUCUACGACGCGGUGCUGGUCGAUUGCCCGCCGUCGCUGGGCACGCUCACGGAGACCGCCCUCGCCACGUCGGACGAGGUGGUGAUGCCCCUGGAGUGCGAGUACUUCGCCAUGGAGGGGCUCACCCAGAUGAUCGAGCUGGUCAAGCGCGUCAUGCACCGGCCGAACAGCCGUUUGCGAUUCGGCGGCAUCCUGCUAACGAAGCACGACCCGUCGCUCGAGCUCACGCACGAGGUCGAGCGCGAGGUGCGCGAGUUCUUCGGCGAAGCGGUCUUCCAGACCGUCGUGCCGCGGGACGUCGCCCUGGCCGAGGCGCCGAGCCACGGCCAAUCGUGCUCGGAGAUGAGUAACCAACGACGCUUGGGACGCGGCCUGGAAGCGCUGCUUGGCCGCUCGCUCGACGAACCGGCCCCGGGCGCUCUCGAUCCGGGCGCGCCGUCUUCCGGCUCCCCGGAGACGUCUGGGGCCGAGCCGAGUAACGACAGCGUGAUGACGCGUGACGAGGAUGGCCAGCGAUGGCUCGACAUCGGCGUCAUCGAGGCGAACCCAUUCCAACCCCGCAAGCGGUUCGACGAGGAAGAGAUCGCCGACCUGGCCGACAGCUUCCGCGAGCACGGCGUGCUGCAGCCGCUAGUGGUCCGGCGGAUCGACGGCCGCUUCGAACUGAUUGCCGGCGAGCGCCGCCUGCGGGCCGCGCAGUCACUCGACUGGCAACGCGUGCCAGUCCAGGUCCGCGACGUCGACGAUCGCGAGACGGCCGAGCUCGCUCUGGUCGAGAACCUCCAGCGGAAGGACCUCAACCCGAUCGAGAAAGCGGAGAGCUUCCAGCGCUACCUGGCGGACUACGACUGCACGCAGGACGAGCUCGCCAAGCGGGUUCAGAUCAACCGCUCGACGGUCGCCAACCUCGUGCGUCUGCUGGAGCUGCCCGACGCCGUGAAGCGGAUGGUCGUCGAGGGCGACCUGACCCAAGGCCACGCGCGAGCGCUGCUGACCCUCCCCGAGAGCGAUCGUGAAACGACGGCUAAGCGGGUGCAGCGGGAAGGACUCUCCGUGCGAAAGACCGAGCAGCUAGUCCAGGACGCGACCCAACCCGCCAGCGACGACCUGCGCGUCGUCGGCGAAGACGGCGUCAGCCGCAAGCCGGGAGCGACCCGCAGCGAGCAGAUCGCCGCCCUCGAAUCGGAGCUGCAGGCGGCCCUCGGCACGAAGGUCGAGCUGAAGCAGAACGCCAAGGGCGCUGGGCGGAUCAUCGUCCACUUCAAGUCGGCGGAUGAGUUCGAGCGGCUGCGGGGGCUGCUGGGCCCCGGCUCGGCGGCUUCGGCCGCCGGCUGA